UUUACUUUGUCAUUAUAUUCAAACACGCAUAAAUGCAAUGUAUGAUAUGGCCAAACAGUUUAGUUAUUUAGUUGUUUAUUAAUAGCUAUCAACAUCUGUGAACUGUAAUUAUUACAAAUACAUCGAUUCAGUGAAGUACAACGAUUAUUACUUUCAUAUUACAUAAUUUAGAGGAAUACCAUAACAGUUGAGAUAGUGAAAUUUUUUAUUGACUUUACAAGUGUCUGAUAUUAACUCAAACAGGUGCGAAAUAGAUGUUUUACUUUUGCAACCUGUUCAACAGAAUGGAAAGUACACUAUGAUAACACCCUACCUAUUACCUCCAUGGCCCUAAAUAUUAUUCAGUAACCCUUGGAAUUAUUAACAAUACUAUUAUCAACGAAUCUUUUGACAAACAUAUAGACAGAAAAACCUUAAAAUAUAUUCUUCACAUUCAUUUAGCAAUCGAUCAUGUGUAUUCUAUGAUAUUCAAUUUGGGGCAAAAAGUAAAAACAGACCGUACAAUCAAUAAAACAAACAUUUGAAUUCUAUCAGAAGAAUCUACAUUAUCAUAUUAUGGAUAAUCGUGACAGAAAGAAAAAUAAAUCAGUCUCUUGUUUAGAUAAACAAACCGAUACUAUCACAUCUGUUAAUCUCAACAAACAAAAUAAUAUGGACACUAAUAUUAAUAAUACUGAUGAAAUUACCAGUAAUAAUAGUAACAAUAAACACUUUACGACUUCAUCGCCCUCAACUUCAUCAUCACCAAAAAUGAAAGCAUUAAGAACAACGAUAACACCGAUUAAAACACCGCCAGUGAAUAAUCCUGUUCGUCAGAUUAUGAAUACAUCAUGUCACUCACCAUCAUCACUAUCAUCUGAUCAAUCAACCAUGGUAACAGUUAAAGCAAGUCAAAAUAUUGAUAGUGAAAAUCAAAAUGGUCAACUGCAAUCAUCGUCAUCAUCAUUAGCACAGAAUACAAACAACACAACUCAAGUAGAUACUAAUAAUAUUCAUAGUUUUUCAUCAACUGAUUCUGGUCGUAGUAGUAUAAGUAGUAGUCAGACAAGUAAUGGUGAAGAAGUCUCCGAGAACAGAUUUGAUAAAACUAAAGUUAAUACACUGAUGGUUACCAAAACUGAUGGUAGAUCAGAUAGUCAUAAAUUAGAUGGUAGUAGUAAUAGUAAUAAUAAUAAUAGUAACAAUGAUAACUCUAUUGAUGGUUUACCGUCUGUUUCAAGCGAACUGGAUAUCUAUUCUGAUGUAACACUUAUUCCAAGAUCAAAUGUAAAUGUUGACUACACUAUAAAACCAGGUAAGAAAUCUACAAAACGUGUUAAUGGACGUAAACCAGUCAAAGGGAUUAAAACAACUACACGACAUAAUGUUGGUAGAACAAAACAAAAUGAACUGAAGCUACAUGAUGAAUUACUUUCGGAAUGUGAGUUAGGAACUUCAUCAUCAAGUUCAUAUACAUUAGCAGCAUCCAAAGUCAACCGUCAACAUAAACUCGAGAAAAUAUAUCCACAAACUUUCAAAUCAAAAAAUAAUCAAUUAUCAUUUCAAGACUGUUCAAUUAACGCCGAUAAUAUUAAAAAUAACAUUGAGUCUGGCCAAGAAAGUCAACAAUCAACUACUCCAGACUUAUCAUCUUUUCCAUCCCUUAGUUCAUUUUCACCAUCAUCAACAUCACCGUGUUCAAUGAGUCGAGCUAAUCACACCGGAGACAAAACAGUUCAAGAAAACUCCAGCCCAACAGAUGAAAUUCAAAUAAGAACUCCAUAUAAUGCUACCCAAAGAAGAAAAGAACUAUUCACUCAAAUAUCCAAUAAUAUAUCUGACCAUGAAGGAGAUUGUUAUGAAUUACGUAGUAAUACUUCAGAUAUAGAAACUACCACUUUCAAUAAUCUUUCCAUUAGUAUCAGCACAUCAAAUGACAUGAAUGAAUUGAAUCGGGAAACAAAAAGUGAAAUUUCUUCACCACUUGGCUUUGUCAAAACAACAGAAAUGGCAAGAUCUAAUUCAAUUCCAGAUAUUUUUGACAGUUCCACAACAAUCACAUCAAAAUCUGUCACGACAUCAAGUGUAUUAGUUAAUACGAACGCACCAUUAAGAGCUGGCGCAUCAAAUACAUCUAACUUAUAUCCUAGAUCAAAAUCCCAUUAUGCAACGAAGGAUCCAGAUCAUUUUAUUAAUCAUAGCUUUGCUACAAAUAGACGAAAAUCUCGUUAUAACUCAAACAACAAUAAUAACUUAGACUAUUCUAACCUUAAUUUAAAAUCACUUCUAAGUAAUAAAUAUAUGAAAAGCUUUUUAAUGCAACCUUUUUUAAUUCCGGAUUACAUGAAUACUUCUGCAUAUUCAACACUCAAUGGUUAUGAUCUUGCUAAUCUGAGAAGAUCAUUCUUCAACAAUGAAGAGAGUAAACAAAAUUUUCAAACAGCUGCAGCGGCCGCUGCUGCGGCAGCUCUUCUACCAGAACCAGGUUUAUUCAUUAAUUCACCAUGUUAUUAUUGGUUGCCAUCAUUAGGAUUUAAUAAUUAUACUAAAAAUACUACAACAACAUAUACUAAUGAUUGUGUAAAACUGUAUAACGAUAAAAUUACAAACAGUAAUGGAAAUAAUAGCGUGAAUUAUGUAAAUGGAGGUAAUCGAUAUAUGCUACAACAAUUAACUAAUCAAACGAAUCAUAGAGUUGAUGAAUCAAAGUCUUAUGAAACACCCAAAGUAUCGGUUUCAAGGACACCCGAAAAUUCUCGAAUGGCUUUAAAAUCUUUAACAAAAGAAGAGAAAUACAGUCAGAAAAACAAGCCAGAUGAUGAAAUUAAUCAUACGAAACGUGAUUCUAAACUAUCCAAUGGUCAAAUUCAUACUAACAAUAUAAACAAAAACAUAUCCAAUCCUAUAUCUCGUUCAAUGACAAAAUUGAAUUCUUUAACACCAGAGGAUGCGAUAAAUAAUGAUAAUUUUGAAAAUCGUCCAAGUUCAGCUAAAGAUUUAACUACUAGCGAUGUACAGUCUAAAUCAGUAAAUGUUUCUAGUAUGUCCAUUUACAAAGGAAGUAAUAGUUGCAAUAGUAAUAGUAAAACUAAUAGAAUUCAAUCAACCACAGACUAUUUAAACUCAGAUAGUAAUUCGGAUAAAUUAGGUUCAGUUAAGUAUACACCAGCGGAAUCUAAUUCAGAAGUGAUGCUUAUGAAUAUAAGCAAUUCAUUAGGACAACCAAUUUCAAUAAUAACUAAUCCAAUACAAAUUGAUACAAUGCAAAUGUCUAACGAAGAUAUUAUGAAUACUAGUCGAAGUGGAGCAGUCUCGUCAGCAGUAAAAAUAGAAGCAGUGUCGACAGCAACAACGACAACAACAGCAGGACUAACAACUAACUACAUUCCAAAUCCAGACUCAUAUUUAACAGCUCCUACUACAUUCUUUUAUUUCUAUAACAAUGAGGGGCAGUUAUUUGCACUUCCAAGUAAUGCACUAAUUUUUCCUACUACUGUUGGUCGCCUUGGUACAACAACUGUAUCUAAUGAGACAGCAUAUAGUAGUCCAUCAUCAUUUAUUACUCCACAAGUAAAUGGGAAUAGCGGCAGUACCAAUUGUUGUAAUAAUUCUUCUACCAUUCGUACUACAAGCGGUGUUUCUAAUUAUGAGGUUCCAGAGCAACUGUAUUCAGGUUCAAAUUAUAGUACUAUCCUUAAACAUACUGAUAAUAAUCAAUGUCGUGAUCUUAUAUCGGGUUAUUCAGUGCCUAUACAACCUUCAUUUCUUAAUGGAUUUCAUCAAUGGGUACCUGGUCAAAUUACACUAGAUAAUCAAACAGGAAUUCAGCAACUUCAAAACUCUUCCACUAAUUCUUUAAUGAUGCCAUCAAAUCAAGGUGUAAUUUUACAUCCAUCAUGUCCAUUUCCUUUACCUUCAGUUGGAUUAAUUCAACCAUUGAUAUCAAAUAUUUAUUCUAAUCAAAAUUUCAAUUCUACAUCUUGUUCAGAUGAUAAUACUAAUCGUAAUACUUCAUCAAAGCAAAAGAAUAACCAAUCUAAUAUUUCUUCACUUAUGAAUCGUUCUACAGAUCAAUUUAAAUUACGUCGUUUCACUAGUGAUCUGCCAAGUUUACUAGGUAAUGCUAAAUCAACACGUUCAAGUAUGAAUUCUGGAAAAUUAAUUAAUUCCAAUAAUAAUCAUUCAAAAUAUUCUGGAAAAGGUUUAAUGUCCACAUUUUUAGAUGAUUAUAGCAAUACAUUGAAUAAUCAGACAGCUGGUAAUCGUCAGAAAAAACAUGCAUCUAAAACAAAUCUUUAUAUUCGUGGAUUACCGACUACAUUUACAGAAGAAGAAUUACAUACAUUAGCACCAGAUCGAAAAUUGAUACGAUCAGUGAAAUUGAUUGCUGGAGCUGAAGGAGAAAUGUAUGGAUUUAUUGAUUUUGUGAAUAAUGAAGCAGCUAAAUCUGCCUUGUUACAUAUUAAAUCAGGAAAUCGUGAAAUCUAUGUAAAUUUUGCAUAUGAAUCUGAAAAGGAUCCACAAAAUGUUUAUAUUACCAAUAUUCCUGAAUCGUGGACAGCAUCUAAUGUUGAAGAUUUGAAACAGAUCUUUCAACCUUAUGGACCUAUAGCAACUGCUAUUGUAAUGACAAAGAGAUCGAACAAUUUCUGUACAGGUGCUGGAUUUGUACGUUUUGUUCGAUCUGAAGACGCUCAAAGAGCAAUCGAUGGAAUUCGUAAUGCACAAAUCACAUUAGAAAAUGGUAAAGGACCAUUAGAAGUUAAAUUGGCUGAUAGACAAAAACCAUCAGAUGAUCAACCAAAUGCUACAAAAGCAAGGUCAUCAAAACGUAAUAGUGAACCACCAGAAUCAUCGACAUCAACGUCAUUAAUGAAUGGAAAUGAAGAAACUGUACGGCAUUCACGUACAAGAAAACAAUCUGACUGUUUAUUACCUAAUGAUAAUCAACUAUCUAAUCAUAAUGUCAAUAACUCAAACCAAUUACGAUCAAAUCCUGGUGUUUUGGGACCAGCUUCUGAUCUAACCUCAUGGGAUGUAACAAAUCGUUUGAAUAAUUCUGAUUCAUUAAUGUUGGCAUUACGUGCAGCUUGGGCAUCGAAUUCUUUACAGAAUUCUAACUUUUUAUUACGUAAUUCUAUUGGACAAAAUAAUUUAACAUCAACUAAUGAAAAUAAUCGAGGUUUAUUACCAAUUCCUAAUCAAACUGUACACUUAACCAAUUUUAUGUCACAACAAAAAAUACCUAAUGGAAUUUUACAUAAUCAAAAUCCUGUUCAACAUAAUUUAGUAACUGGACCAACUGCUGUAGCUGCAGCCGCAGCACAAGCUGUUACUGCCUUAUUGCCUUUCUCUAGACCAAUUGAUAACUAUUCAUUAUCACAAGCCCUAAUGCAUACACCUGUUACACCUUCAAUGAUUGGUCCAAGUGAGUCAUAUUUCCUUUAUUCAAAUUGAUAUAUUAUUCAGAUAAUAAUCAUUGACGCUUAUUUUUAAUCUUAAAUUUAUAGUUGUUUGUUUGUUCCCUUUUUUUGUAAAAAGGUAAAAUGUAAAGUUUCAGCAUUUAUACAAUUUGAUCCCUUUAAUGUCAUAUACAUAAAUGUGGAGAAUCGUAAUAAACCAUGUUAUUUCUAUUCAGAAUGUAUUUAGACAAAACAAAAAUAGAAAGGUCGAAAAUUAUGGGGUAUACAUAUAUGCAAGUGUGUGUGUGUGUGUCCGUAUAUAUAUGUGGGUACCAAUAAUCGAUCAGACAUCAAAUUUUUAACUGAUAGACAAAAUCUAAUUAUAGAAAUAAUGAAUCAGCAAAAAAAAAGAAAGAAAAGAAAAAAAGAGAUUCCAUUGUAUCUAUGACCAUUUCUAAUGUCUAGGUUAAAUCAUAAAAUAAAAGGAGAAAAAUUUUACAAUCAUCUAUCUGAGUCAUUGAAAGAAAUUAUUUAUUUAUUUAUUUAAAUGCAUGAAUAAUUUAUAAGUACAAUAAACUAUAGAAAACAUUUAACAUUACAUAGUUCAACUCAUGAAUCAAUUGAAGUCAGACCACCAUGGAAAAUCUGGAAGUACUGGACGGCCGUUUCGUCCUAUUGUGGGACUCCUAAGCAGUGUGCAUCCACGAUCCUGCCUCGCGAAAUUCGAACCAUCACCUAUCAGUCUUGCGCGUGAGAACUUAAUCGAUAGACUACUGAGCCGGUUGGCAUCCAAUGGUGUUAAUGUCUAACUUCAACCAAUCCACGAAAUUGAACAACCAUUCACCAAUGUCUUCAGUGAGUUGACAUCUCACAACAGACCUGGUUGGACUCCAGUGAAUACUGCUUCUCAGUGGUCUAGUGGUUAAGCACUCGUGCGUGAGACUGAUAGGUGAUGGGUUCGAAUCUUGCGAGGCAGGAUCGUAGAUGCACACUGCUGAGGAGUCCCACAACGGCUGUCCAGUGCUUCCAGGUUUUCCAUAGUGGUCUAGCUUCCAUUGACUCAUGAUUUUAACUAUAUAAAAAUUACUAAAAUCUCCACAAAGCCCCAUUUUCAUUAAACAUUACAGUUAAAUUAUUCUUCUAGAUAGUUACCAAGACAGAUAAUCAAUAAAAUAGCCAUAUGAGUUCAACCAAUAUCAUGAUUACUGUAUAAUGUAUUCAGUGGAAUGUGUUCAUAUGAUGUUUGUGAUAUUUUCUCAAACGAGUCUAAUUAUAAACAAGAUUUCCGAAUGUAAUAUCUGAAUAUAAUAUGAACCAUAAAUCAAACAGUUUGGUAAGAAUUUAUUAAUUUCUACGAAAUUUUGUUAAUGGUUCGCAAUCUUCGUCUUAUCUACGAAGAGUUUUCGUCAUGGAUUGAUAUCAAUUGAGUUAUCAUCGAAAAAUAUGAAGUAAUAAAGAGGUGCUCGGUUACGUAAUAUAGUAUAGACCAUUUGACAGAAAUGGAGCACAGGACUUUCAAGUUACGCCAUAAAUUAGUUAUUUCAGAUCCCUAAGAUAAAUCCAAUGAUUAACGCUUCUUUUAAAUAAUUCUAAAUAAUUCACAUCAUUGGUCGACAGUCGUUUAAUUGAGACAAUGGUAUUUGUUGAUAAACGGGUUUAAAAGUUAAUAUAAUAUUGCAUAAUACAAUUGAGUAAUGUGACUGCUACGAAAAUUGUCGAUCAUUACAUAACUCUGGAAGAUGUAAAAAUGUUUGGGGCAGAAACGAUUUGAAUACGACGGUUAGUAAUUUAUGCUACACAAUGGUCAUCACGAAAGUUAGAUAAGUUUGAAUAUUUACAACUGAUUGGUCAUUGAGCAGUGACUAAUAUUAUGAAGGUUAAGUCAUUGUUAAUGCCAGUCGAAUCCUGCUGAUCAAACUGCAAUGUAGUUUGAAAUAGGGUGCACUAUGUCGUGAUGUAAAAUGGCAGUUUUAAGUAGUAUGUGAGGAACUCUGGACAUAGAUUCCAUGCUAUUCUGGACUCAUUGGCAAAGUGUACCCAUAGUCUUGGGGAACCACCUUUCUGACGAGUCUCAGUUAGCACGAAACUUUAGUUCAAGGAUUCCUGUCGACUACUUUUAACUACCACCUUGUAUCGCAAGUUUGAAUAUAUAUAUAUAAAAGACAUGUAUAGAAAAAGCACGACUUAUAUCUACUAUGAAUAUGUUCGAUCUCCUGUAUAUUUUUGUAUAAUCCCUUAUUAUGAUAACUCAGUCAUACAAAUACAUUCAGAUACUUGAUUUAUAUUAUGAAAGUUCUAUAUCUUAUCUUUUAUGGAAAAUAUAACACAGGUAAUAUAGUUCAAAGUUAACGUCUCAAGGUAAAUAAACCUUUGAAUAACAGCUUGUAACGUAAUGAGUAUGACCAUUGGAAGUGUUUUAUCAUAGCUGUGUCUAGAAUCAGUUAACUGUGUUCGAAAAUGAAUUCAAAGUGAGUUUUCUUGACUCUUUACCAAUUGAUAUACCAGAACAAUUUAAUAGAAUAAAGCGAAUUCAAAGAAGAAAAUUUCCUUUUCAAUGAAAUCAUUUACUUAAGCUGUACACUUGUAUUUAUAGUUAUACAGAAAUUCUAUGUCUAUAGAAGGAUAGAAAUGAUUGCAUCAUAAAUUAGAGAGACUUCUAUUGCCAGAUGAGGUUACGCAAUAAUCAAUGGAUAAGGAAGGAAUAUGAGGCUGGAAAUAAUUUAUGGGUCAGAUAAUUGUCCGAUUGAUAGAUAAGAAGAAAAACGGCAUAUAUACAGGUCAUCAUAAUAAUAACUGAAUAAUAAUCAAGAAAACUUGUUUAAAGGUAAUAAUAAUAAUAACUGAUUACAGUUAAAAAUUACAAAACGCUAAUUUUAAAAAAUCAAUAAUAAUCAAAUAAAAAUAAUGAGAAAGGGAAAAACACCGAAACAUAUCAAUAAAAGGAAUUAGGACCAAGUAGUGAUGAGAGGUUGGACGAAUCGUUCUUGCACGCAAGGUUCGAGCUUGAGUUCGUGGAUUGCCAAUGCCUCAGUAGUGUAUAAAAUAUUGAUUCGAAUCUUCUUCGAUCCAAUUCUUUUAACAGUGUGGAUUACUAUAAAACAAGACUCCUUUGGAGCGAUGUGUCCACAGUUAAUUAAAUGCUCCUGUAUAGAACUAGUAAUUGUUUUACAUUCUCCUUUUAAAAGCCAUUCCGGAUAGUGUUCUAAGAUACGUUUGGAAAGUGGUCACUUUGAGCGAGCAAUGUAACCUGCCCCACAUGAGCAAUCUAAGUGACUACCUGUUCUAAGAUUUUCUAAGGAAGUAAUGAAUAGACAUGAUUUAUUUCAUAACAAUGUUUGUUUGUUAUUGAGGUUUCGUACUCAAGGCUUUUCUCGGGAAAUAUAAAACUGUCAUUGUUAUUCUCAACAAAAUUAUUACUUUACGUAGAACUGUUCACUUUUGAGAACAUCGCACUCCUAACCAUAUUCAUGUAAAUUACUUACCUUUCCUGUCGUUUUAAAGUAUCGUCUGUCAAUCGACAAGAAUAAUUAAGGCUUAAUAAUCAAUCAACAAACUCUGUAAAAUAGAUUAUUUUAUGCCUCAGGAUAAAAUUGUGUUAGUCAAAAUAUUAUUAAAAGUGAAAUUUAAGUUAAUAUUAUGUGUGUAAACGAUUGCAUAGUUUUGUUUAACACUGCGUUUCACAAAACCUUUAAUCAUUGAAUUGUAGUUUUUUAAAAGCAAAUUAAAAACUAAGAUGUAUGGUCACUGAUCUGAAGAUCGAUUUAGUCAUUAGUUCUGUCAAUUGUUAAUUUAUAUUCCAUCAUGUUUAUCUGUUAAAUAUUUUAUCAACAUUCUGCGAUUACAGGAUGCAUUACCACAAAAGUGUCCUUGACCUUGUUUUAAAAAAAUCUGUAAAUUUUAUUCCCAUUUGAUUACUUAAAAGAACAAAACUUUGAAGGAAAAAUUAUCUCAUACAUUUUUUUCAAAAAUAAACUGAUACUAAUUUCCAAAAUGGAAUGAUAUUCAUUGAAGAAUCAUUAUGAGAUGGUAAAAGAUAGACAGCUUGGGUAGAUGAUUUUAUUGAAGUUCUAUAAUGAAACUCCAACAAAAUAGAAUCAUCUUAAGCAAGGUUGCAAUACAUAGUUUUAUUAUCGUACUUUCUAAUUACCAAUCAUAACGACCCUAUAGGGCAACAGAUAAUUUACAGAGUUCGAAUCUGUGGAUUAGUUAAAUUUUGUUCAACUUCAUUUAAUCAAAAGUGACUGAGAUUAGUGGUCACGUUUUCAAUACACAGUUAGCAUUCUAUAUCCUACAUUUUUGCCCACUUAUGUACUCACUCAUUGAGUGCUGAAUACUGAAGUUUAAUUCAUACUUAAUAUUUCAUUUUAAGUAUUUAGAGUUUUCCGAGUCUGUUACGGUUAACAAUACUGUGUACUACAAAGUUAGAUUAUUUAUUUAACAGUUAAUUAAUUAAAAGACUAAUAUUUGAACGAAGAAUAUUCUUUUCGAUAAAUUCCCUUCAGGUUCUACAAUUAUAUAUCCAAAUUAAUAAUCCGAAAAAAUGGCCAGGUUAAGGGAAAAGUACAUCGUUUACAGUAUGUAAACUUAGGAUUGUUGAACAAUAUAGAAUAAAAUCCAUUCAGUAUUGUUUGUUUGAAUCUUCCCAUCGAUUUGUUAGGACUGCAACUGGUCAGUCUCUAAUUGGCAUAUGUGCAUACUGUGCGUAUUGCCUCAAUAUAGCCUUAAUUCACAAGCAUGGUUAGCAGAGAUGGAUAGUGGCUAGAAUAGAAUAAAAUUGUUAAUAUUGAUAUCACUCAUAUAGAAUGUUAACUUGAAUCUGUAUAUAUGUUAAAUGAAAAUUUAAGAUCUGUGAUCAGAAUAAAUAUGGGUCAGAUAGGGUGAGAGAGAUAUGAUAGUACAAUUACAAUUCGAUCAAAUGUUUAAUGGAAGACUAAAUUGUGUGAAAAAUUAGUAAGACCCAAUAAUGAGGGAUCAAUGCGAACUGAACGAAACAUGUAUAGGGGAGAUUAAUAAUGAUUUUUAACCAAUAAUAAUAAUACAAAGAUUUGUGAAUAAAGAUAAGAGAGACAAUUACAUUUGACUAGGAAAGGUCGUAAGUACAUUGUCUAAAUAGGUCUUCCAAUAGCUAAGAUUGCUAUUGAUUAAUUGGCCUUGUGGUUGGCAUCCCUCUGAAUUGUAGGCGCAUGAACACGGACUUCUUGACCGUUUGAAUUUCGCCUAUUUUCACUUUCAUGAUCAUAUAUUUAAUUAUAGACUUUCUAGGUUAACCGUUCUCCCUUAGAGCAUUAUGCUAGGUGUUUAACUUAUCUUCAACUAUAUCUGCUGAACAUAAAGUGCGUAUUCGGUAGCUAAAGGUUUUGAUCAGGUUUCGUUCGCACUGUAGAGGUACAAAGCUAAGGAAGUGCGUAUACUGUCUAGUCCAAGCAUUUUUUCUGUUUAUGUUUCUUUUUAACGAUCCAUCUGCUCUAUUAGUUAAGAGGACGUCCAAAAAAGUUAUUCGGCCAUCACUCUUUUCCUCCGAUGUAAACAGAAUGGCUGGAUGCACUUCGUUAAACUACCUAAGCACGUCUUGCUGUGAUAUAUUAUCUUUACACAGGAUGAAUGUGUCAUGCAUAUGUCAACAGUAAAAUUUGAAUUUUUGAAUAAUCUAUUUUAGUGGACCGUUCCCUAGUUUGGCCAGAAAUAUACCAUUAAUUAUUAAACAAAAAAUGAUUGAAAGUGUUGAAGAUAACAUAGUAGUUGAAUAUUGAAAGCCCGACCUAUAGCUUCAAUCACAAAAAUUUGAUUUUCAAAUUUAUCAACAGAUUUUCUUUAUCCGUUUCAUUUCUUUCUCUCUCUCUCUCUCUCUAUCAAAUCAAUCCAGUGAUUCAACCGGCUUCCAACUGGACUGCAAGUCCAUUAAUACCAAAUAUUUACCAAUCAAUAUAAAUAUUUGUGAAAAUGUGUGUGAAACCAUAGUGAAAUUUAAAGAAGCUUGACAAGUUAUCGUUGCUAUUGUCGUUUUCAAGUGCAAAAAAAACUUUUUUUUUUUCUAACAGUUCACAGAGUUACAAUAAACAAAUAUUUUUUCUUUCAG